GCCAAUUUCCAAGGUUUCUACAAAUCUUAUUCUCUUCCAUUCAACCUUUCUCUCUAUUUUCUAAGUUAAAUUAAUAUCAUGAUCAGUUCAAAGAGGCUCAUUAAGCUGGCCAAAAGAUGGCAGAAAUUUGCUGCCAUCCAAAGAAAGAGGAUUUCAUUUCCAACAAUAAAUGAGGAUGCAGAUAGCUGCACUACUUCUUCUGCAGUUUACAAGGGUCAUUUCACUAUCUACACUGCUGAUCAGAAGCGGUUUGUUGUCCCUCUAUCAUAUCUCGAGAAUGAGAUUAUUCGGCAACUAUUAAAUAUGUCUGAAGAAGAAUUUGGACUUCCAAGCGAUGGGCCUAUUACCCUGCCUUGUGAUGCCAUCUUCAUGGACUACAUCGUUUCACUUCUUAGCCAUAGUUUAAGUAGAGAACUCGAGAAUGCCUUGCUCUUCUCAGUUACAGCGUAUUGCUGUUCAUCAGCUUCACAGCACCAAGAUGGGUUGAGAAAUCAGGAAUUGCUAGUUUACUGAUAUUAAUGUCAAUAAGUUUUGUAAAUGAGGAUAUCAGCUGUAGCUCAAUACAUCAUGUGAAAUGUACAGAAAUCCAAGAUGUGAUGUCAAACAUAUUCGAUUUUACUUUCACUUAUAUGACUUUUGUGAUGAUAAUUGGUAAG